GUGGCCACAGCAUCAGGAAGCAUGAUUGUUUUACAUGUUUUAAGCAGAGAUUUAGUUAGUUUUAAACCCGUGUGAUAUGUUCUGUCGCGAAACAUUUCUGAGCAAUGGAUUUGGAAGAAGCUUUUCAACUGGUCGGAGAGUUUGGAGGACACCAGAAACGGAUGGUUGCUGUGUUGACACUGAUGCAGAUCUACAUGGCGUGCCAGUGCAUGUUCAUCGUUCUUGUCGGUGCUGUUCCCGAGUACCAGAUCGAGGUCGUCACGCAGAGCGGAGGAGAUGUCACACAAACCAUUACGUUCAAGGAAGACGUCAGCUCCAUCGUGACGGAGUGGAACCUGGUCAAGCAGGAGGCGUACAAAGUGAGCCUGGCAGGAUCGCUGUUUUUUGUCGGCGUGCUCGUGGGGAACGUGCUGUUCGGACCGCUGUCUGAUAAAAUCGGCAGGAGACCCAUCUUCCUCAUCAGUAUGUUCUUCGAAAUGCUGUUCGCCUACGGCAGCGCGCUGGCCCCCAGUUACGAGCUCUUCGCUCUGUCGCGGCUAAUGGUGGGGAUGAUGAACGGGGGGAUGGCGCUCGUCUGCUUCAUCCUCUCGCAGGAGUACGUGGGUAAAGCCUACUGGGCUCUGACAGGCACGAUAACCAACAUGACCUUUGCAGUGGGUAUCGCUCUGUUCGCUCUUCUCGGCUACUACAUCAGGUCCUGGAGAAACCUGGCUAUGGCUGCUAACUGCCCCGGUGUGCUACUCUUCCUCUUCUGCAUCCUGCUGCCUGAGUCUCCACGCUGGCUGUACUCUCAGGGCCGGACGGUGCAAGCGGAGAAAGUGCUGCAGGAUUUUGCUCAGCGGAACGGAAAGGGAAGCGUGACUCUGAAGCUGCAGAAAACUCCGGGCAUGACGUGCGCAGAGACGUCCAAUGCAGGACUGCUGCAGCUGGUCAGACACCGCGUGCUGCGCUGCAGGACUAUCGUCCUCAUGUAUGUCUGGUAUGCGUGCAGUCUGGUGUAUUAUGGACUGACGAUGAACGCAAGUGAUGAUAAAGGCAGUGUUUACCUCACCGUAGCCAUGUACGGCCUGGUGGAGCUGCCAGCCUACCCACUGUGCAUAUACUUCAUCAAUAAGCCCUGGUCAGGGAGACGAAACUCGUUAGCCAGUUUUCUUAUCCUUGCCGGUCUGUGCUGUCUCCUCUCAGUCCUGGUCCCUGUUCAUCCUGGUUCUGUGGUCAAUGGCAGCUCUUUUGCUCUUUUGGGAAAGCUGAUGGUCAGUGCUGCCUUCAACAUCGUCUAUGUGUACACAUCAGAACUUUACCCCACUGUUAUCAGGAACGCAGGGCUGGGUGUGUGCUCCAUGUCUUGUAGGGUUGGAGGCAUUUUAGCUCCUUUUAUACCCAAUAUGAAAGUGCUGCAUGCGUCCAUGCCGUUCAUGGUGUUCUGCCUGACCGGCGUGUCGGCCGGAGCCAUGGGACUCGUCCUCCCAGAAACACUCAACAAGCCAGUGGCCGAGACGCUGGAGGAACUCUCCUCCCCCGCUUACCAGCGAAUCCUCGACACACAGGUUCAUCUGCUGGCGGAUGAGCACUUGUCGAAACGUAGAGGAUCCGAAAGCGAAUGAUACACACUCGUGCACGGACAAACGCAACAAAGGCCUCUCAUUCGUGUACAUCAUGCCAAAUCGACUCAUACUGUGCCAACCUGACUCACAAAAACAAUGUGUGUGCCUUCUAUGAACGUAACACUGAAGGGAUCAUCAAAACUGUGGGAACGAGUGGAACUGCGCUUCAGAUGAGGACAUGACCAAAUGCUGACUCAAUAAUCCUUCAUUCCGUCUCACAAACAUGCCGUUAUUUCUGCUGCUAAUCUGAUACCUAAUCUGAUACCUGUGCAUCGGAGACAUCGCUGGCUCACUGUUAUUUCACACUUUACACACUUUAAUUUAUGUGACGGACGUGCGUCAGAAAACACUACCACGUUAAUGCUACAUGGUACCUGUAAGUGUAACAUACAAUUGUGGAGUAUUUAUAAACGGACGGAUGUAGAGAUAUGUACGUCUACUGUAUAGCUGUAUACGUGACAUUUAUCUUGCGGUUUUAUCUGGAUCGGGAGGGGGAUAAUUUCGAAUAAAAAAACAAUUGGC